GCGGGAAAUCGAACAAAUGUGAGCGAAAGCAGACGAAAAGCUGAUUAGUUGGUCCUUAAGAUUGUUUUCUUUGACACGUAUUGAUAGGAUGAUUUAAUAAUUUUUAACAGGAUAAAACAUAUGUUGAGUAAAUUUAUUGAAAAAGAACGAACAAGUAAAAUAAUAAACGGCACCAUGCAAGGCAACAUAUCUGUUUCUAGUGUUCGGUAUGAAGUCUGUUUUGUCAUCCCAGAUGGGAAAAAAGUAGCUGAUCUUCCAGAAUCCAUGCGACUUGCCUUCAGUUCUUUAGAAGCAAGUGGUAUUGACUCAGUAUGGACUUCAACACAGGCAUGCUUGGAAAUUAAGGAAAAGGAAAAUAAGCUUUAUAUUUUUGAUCCUUUCAUAGGAGUGGCAUUUGAUCAUCUUGUGUCUUUAAAUUGUAGAAUUAUGGGACCCCUAUGUAUUUUGACGUGUUUAGAGCAUGGUGAAGCCUUACCAAAACGACCUUAUCCUGUAUAUAGCUUAGCCUUUAGAAAAAUGACUAUAACAUGUUCAAAUGUAGACAAACAGACUCGAUUAGACAUAGAAAAGAAAGUUCAGUUAAUGGGUGGAAACUUCAUUAAAGAUUUGACUAAAAGUGUUACUCAUCUUGUGGCAGGGGAGGUUGGCUCCAAAAAGUACCAUGUAGCUGCCAACUUUAGUUUACCAGUCAUGCUACCAAACUGGGUGGAGGAAUGCUGGGAACAAGGACAACAUCAAAGGAUCCAUGCAUCCGAUCCAUGCUUUAAUAUUUAUCGCUGUCCUGUGUUCAAGGGGCUUAACAUUACUGUUUCACAAAUUGAAAGUGAUGAAAGAAAAAAAAUCCAAAAGAUCAUAGAGGACAAUGGUGGGAGUUAUUCUGGUGCUCUCAAAGCUAAAGAAACAACUCAUUUAGUUCUUGUAGAACCAAAAGGAGAAAAGUUUAAAUUUGCUAAAACAUGGAAAUUGUAUUGUGUAAAAGUGGAGUGGAUAUAUGAUAGCAUCUCGGCUGGGUAUUGUUUGGAUGAAACUUUGUAUCAGUUAGUGUCCGAAGCAAAACAGGAACAAGAAACAUCAACACCAAAGAAAAAUAGUGUUUAUCCAAACCAACAAGCAGUAGAUUGUAGUACAAUAGCUAAUGUUAGUUCAACUAGUCGACUUGAUGAGACAGCUCAAAGUGACAUCACUAUUAUCACUGCAAAACCUAACAGGAAUAGCUCUCUCCUUGAGAGUUUAAAUAAUUUGAAUGUCAAAGAAAUUCAAAAGAAAGGUAAUUUCUUAGAUGGGUGUCAAAUUUUUCUUUCUGGUUGGUCAGGCCAACUCUUAGAAAAAUUGCAAAAGAUAAUCAAUGCAGCAGGAGGAAUGAGAUUUAACAAAUUAAGUGAAAAUGUAACUCAUGUUAUUGUUGGAGAUCAUAGCGAAGAUCACAUCAGACUGCUAUCAGAGAAUUCAGUAAGACCAUUUGUUGUUAGGUUGGAGUGGUUAAUUCACUGCUGUAAAGAGGGAAAACUAGUGGAUGAAAAUCCAUAUUCUUGCUUAGACACUGUAGUAAGCAAAUUUCAACCAGAGGCUAUUCAAAUUGGAUUAGAACCAACAUCCUUUAAAGAAAAAGAUAACAUGGAACAACGUAUUUCUUUAGAAAAAAACAGUGCUCCAACAGAUUUUAGUGAUAUAAUGAACCAGUAUCUUCCAAGUGACAAAACCAUGGAUGAAGUGUGUUUGCCUCUUGCCAAAGAAGCCAACGUAGCAUAUGACAAACAUUUGUCAGUUUUUAAUCCUCAAGAAGAAAAAGCAGACGUGGAUAAUGAAAAACAAAAUGAUAAUGAGGAAGAAUCAGAUGCUUACAUAUUUGAUGGCUUAAGAAUUACCAUUGUUGGUUUUGGCCUGAAAGACACUGAACUACUUGCAGAAAUGGUUGAAACAAAUGGUGGAAUACUAAUAAAUGACACAAACAAGAUUACACCAGACAUUGCUGUACUUCCAUUAACAGGGGGCAAGGUAGAUGUGUUUGCUAAAGAAAUUGUGACAAAUUGCUGGCUACAGAUGUGUUUAGAAAAUGAGAAGUUGUUAUCAUUUAAUGGAAAUCCUCUUUUUAGACCUAUUGUAGUAAAACCAGAGAACUCUCCACUAAACAAUUGUGUCUUGUCAUUUAGUCAGUAUGCAGGAACAGAAAGAGAUUGCUUAAUGCAUUUGGCAGAGGUUUUGGGAGGUACAUGCCAGGAGUACUUUGUACGAAAGGCAAAUAAGAGUCGUGGUCUUCUACCUAACACCCAUCUAGUUGUUCAGAAUCCAGAAGGAAGUAAGUAUGAAGCUGCUAAAAAAUGGAAUAUACCAGCUGUGAAAAAGGAUUGGCUUCUAGAAACUGCUGAAAGUGGAGAGAAAGCACUAGAAGAAGAUUUCUUGGUAGAUAGUGAAAGUGUUAAUGUUGAAGAUAAGAAACUGAUUCAAAACAUGGAGAAAUGCAAUAGUGAGGUUCUUAAAAAGAAUGAUGAAACAAAAACUGAAGAACAAAGAACUGAAAACUUAACUGCUGCAAAUCAAGAAAAAGAACUGAAAUCAAAAUUGGACACAAAAUCAAAAAUGCAUGACCAGAUUCUUUCAUCAGAACAAGUGAAAAAUGAUACUGACCAAAGAAAGCCAGCUACACCUCUUAUCAUCAAUCAACGGGUCAAAGAACUAAUGAGAGAUGAAAAAGUGACACCACAGAGAAAGGUAUCAGAUGGAUCAUCAACUGGUGUAUGUUCUCCUAGCAAUUUUCUGAUCCCUGGGGUAGAAUAUUUUCCCCAGUAUGAUGUUACAGAUGCACUGAAUUGUCUGGAUUCACCUGGAAGUCAAAGAACUCCUGCAAUUGAAAAUAGUAGAAGACGAAGGUCAAGCUUGCCAUUGGAAGAUUUCUUUAAACAUAACUUAUCAGUUGCUCUGAAGAAUUUUGGAGCUAAUGAACAACCAAUAGAGGCUGAACCACAAAACAAAAUUGAAAAAGGAGAUAUUUCUGAAAAAAAUGAAUCUUUUCACUCUAAAAAUAAAAGAGAGAGGCCAUUGGCUGGAGUUGUUCUCUGUGUUUCCAAAAAAUUAAGUAGCAAGCAGGGUGAGCUAAAUAAAAUAAUAGGUUUGCUGGGAGGAGACUAUUGUUGGACUUAUGAUUCAAAAUGUACUCAUUUUGUUUACCAGGGUAAAUCCAGUGACAUUACCAGAGAGCUGAAAUUAGCCAAAGAACAGGGCAAGCACAUUGUUUGCCCUGAUUGGGUGUAUGCUUGCAGAGAUGAGAAUGAACUAGUAGAUGAAAGUUUGUUCCCAUACUCCUUUAAUCCAAGAAUGUCACUUUCUGGACAAGUUUCAACCAAGAAAGUGCAUGUAAAUUAUAGUCAGUCAGGGACUGAAAAGGAGUUAUCCAAAACACCUGUGAAAGAUGCCAAAGGUUUUAUAAAUAGCAGUUCUUAUGAAAUAUUUAAUGAAAUCAAAGAUGGGAGACAAGAAGUGUCAGGUGAAACACAAGCUGAAGUUAGCAAACAGUUGGAAGAGAUUAUGUCAGCAACAAAAACUGCCAAAGCAGGAAAAUGUCUGAGUAGAAGAUUAAAUAGUUCCAAUGGUUCUAACUCUUCUGUGAAUCAGAAUUUUUCGGAUAGGUCGAAAAUUAAACCAGAGCAAAAUGUUCAACAUGAAAAUGCAGGAUCUAAUGGGAUCAUAGCCUCUGAAGCUUCACAGAGUGUACCUAUAACCUGGGAUGAUCCAUUAAGUCGACAAGAGAGAGAAAAAAUAGCUGAACAACUUGCUAGGAAUGGAAAACAAACUCAGGAAACACAGUCUCUUAGCCCAACUACAAAUCAUGAACCAGAGCUUGAAGUAGAAAUAACAGAACCAAUGAAUGAUAAGAGCUUGGUCUCAGAAAGUGAUAAAUCAACUACAAAUGUAAAUGUAAAUAUUUCUUCAAGUGGAUCAACUAGUAAUACAGCAAAAGUAAGUAAUUCAAACAUUAUGAAAUUUAUGUUGUCUGGUCUGUCAGAAGAAGAAAGAGAUGACUAUUCUGCUCUUAUAGAAGAAUUAGGUGGAAAGGUGUCAGACUUGAAGUGUGUAGACAAAACGGCCACACACUUGAUUAUGAAACAACCGCUAAAAAAUGAAAAAUUUUUGGCCAGUGUUGCAUCGGGAAAGUGGGUCUUGCACAAGUCUUACAUGGAAGCUUGUAGACAAGCAGGCAAGUUUGUGGAUGAAAAAGACCAUGAAUGGGGAGGAAAGGCUUGCCAUUAUCUUUUAGCUAAGAUGCCUGAAAAAAUGGUCAAAAUAGCUUUAUGUCCCCAUCGCUGGCGUGUUAAAAUUCAAGAUGAAUGUUUGAAAAAUCCAAAUUUGAAUGCUGGUGCAUUCAAAGAUUGGAAAGUUCUGGUGUUAGCAGAUAGGCAGAAGACUUCCACUUAUAGCCGUAUUUUAACAAUUGGUGGUGCAGAAGUGGUUCAGGCAGCACCACCGUAUUUCAACCUACAAGGUGUUACUCAUGCUUUUAUAGACCUCCCAAACAAUUCACUGAGCAAAACAGACUUGGAAAAUUUAGCAUCUGCAGGCAUACAUUGUGUGAAACCAGAGUUCCUAGCUUUUAGUUUAAUAGAAGACCCUUCUCCUCCUCCAUCUGAAUGGUUAAUACCUGAAGUAAUGCAUUUUUUACAGGAGUCAACUGCAGAUAAAAAGCGAAAGUCUGGAGAAACAACUGCCAUAAAUACUUCAAAACGGACUCGUAAAAGAUGAGCUCUAAAAUGUGUUUCAUUGUCAGUUUCAUGUACAUAGAUUAAUAUUAUACUUGUACAUAAAAAUGUUUAAAGUAUCAAAUUUAAUGUAGAUUUUGAACUCUGGAGGGUUAGAUUUUUGUCUUGUAGUUCAAAUGAAUGAGUGUUACUAACUUUUUCUAUUCAGACUCUAACACUUCCUGUGUUAACUUGUAAAAAAAUUUUGUGAGCAAAUAUUUUUAAGUUUUUCUAAAUUACCUCAGUGAUUUCUUCUUUGUAUUUUGUGGAAAAUGAAGUCUUUAUUGUUUGUCCAGUAUGUGAAUAUAGUUACCACUUUCUUUAAAGUUUUAUUAUUAAAUAGUAAAUGAUUUGCUUAAGGUACCAUGUAUAUGCACUAUUCUUAAUGCAAAUGAUUGACUUGUUUAUUCUAUGAA